AUGCCAUCAAAUCCAGCUGAUCAAUAUCAUAAAUUAUUAUCACAAGAACAAAACGUAGAUGAUAAAUAUGUUAUUAUUGAUUCAAAAUGGUUUGAACAUUGGAAACGUUCUACUGGUAUUGAUUCACAAGCAGAUAAAAAUGCUACACCAGGCCCAAUUGAUUUUUCAAAUCUAAUUGAUCCAACUACAGCUGAUCAUCCAGAUGGUGUACAACUUCGUCCGGAUGCUGUUGAAGGUAAUGAUUAUACAUUUAUACCCUUUGAGCUUUAUCAAAUUCUUGUCCAACAAUAUAAAAAAAUUGGUCCAGAAUUAAUACGUAAAGUAAUACAAUCAGGCGAUUUUCAAACUGUUAUUGAAGCUUAUCUUGUACCAUUACGUGUACGUAAAUCCCGACAAAGUCCAUCAACAACUAAACAAAUCUAUCGUAGUCGUCGAACGAAAUUAGAAGAUUUAAAAAAUGAUAUAUGUAAAAUGUUUUCAUUAACAUCGGAUUCAAAUUAUCGUUUAUAUACAUCAACAGAUGAAUAUGGUGAUAAUUGGGAAGCAAUUGAUGCACGAGCAAGUACAAUACUUGCUGAUAUUGAAUUAUCAAAGAAUGCUAUUAUAACAUAUGAACCCAUGACAUUAACACGAAAUAAUUCCUCACCUGUACCAGCAGGUACAUUUUAUACACCUGGUUUAUGUGGUCUAUCAAAUUUAGGUAAUACAUGUUUUAUGAAUUCAGCAUUACAAUGUAUAUCAAAUGUACCAGCAUUAACCGAUUAUUUUCUUCGUCGAGAAUAUUUACAACAUAUUAAUCGAGACAAUCCAUUAGGUAUGAAGGGUGAUGUUGCACAAGCUUAUGGAGAUUUAAUAACAAAUAUGUGGUCUGGUAAAAUAAAUUAUUAUGCACCAAAAUCUUUAAAACAAAAUGUUGCACGAUAUGCACCACAAUUUAGUGGUUAUUCACAACAAGAUUCACAAGAAUUUAUGUCAUUUUUACUUGAUGGUUUACAUGAAGAUUUAAAUCUUAUUAAACAAAAACCUUACAUGGAAAAAAAAGAUGAUGAUGGAAUUGCUGAAGAUGCAAAAUUAGCUUCUGAAUAUUGGGAUUAUUAUCGUAAACGUAAUCAAUCAAAAAUUCAUGAUAUAUUUCAUGGACAAAUCAAAUCAGUUGUACAAUGUCUUGAAUGUAAAACAUUAGGACGUACAUUUGAUCCAAUUUGUUUUCUUAGUUUACCAUUACCAAACAAGAAGAAAAUUCGAAUAUUUAAAAUAGAAUAUAUACGUUUAAAUGGACAAAUUCAAUAUUAUUAUAUAAAAUCAAAUGAACGUGGACGUAUGCAUAAUUUAUUAAAAGAUUUUUGUGAACGUUUUCAACCAAAACAAAAAAAUGAUACACAUGAACCAAUGGAUGCUGAAGAUGAAUCAUCAUCAUCAAAUACAAUUAAUUCAAAUAAUCAAGAUGAUGAACAAGAAGAAGAUUUAACAUUAGCACCAGAUUAUGAUGGACAUCAACCUAAACCAGAAUUAAUUCUACCUGUUGAAGUUUAUAAUCAUCGUAUACAUUUACAAUAUAGUGAUGAUGCAUUAUUAACAAAUAUACUUGAACGUGAUCAAAUCGUUUUUUAUGAAGUACCAGUUUCAUUAAAAAAAGAAAAUAAUGAAACUAUUCUUAUGCCAUGUUUAUUUCGUACAGCAGAUAAUUUACAUCAAAAUUUUGGUUUACCAAUUUAUUUAAAUAUUCCAAGACAUAAAUGUACAGGAAAACAUAUUCAAGAUGCAUUACAGAGCUCAAUUGGAAAUUUUCUCUCAUUAUCAUCAUCUCUACCAUCGGACAAAUCUCCUUAUACUGCUUCAUGUGUAUUCAAUCAAAAUUAUACUCAAACAACUAAAACAUUAUCAUCAUGUCUUGAUGAACAUAUUGAUUUUAAUCGUACAAAUACAACUCUUGUUGUCGAUGUUUCACCUUCAGUUGUUGAAAAAUAUGAACAAGACGAAAAAAAACGUAUAGAUAAAGACCGUCAACCAUCAUCAUCAACAAAUAAUAGUGGUGUACAAACACGUAGUCAACAUAAACAAUCAACAACAUCAUUAUUAGAUUGUUUUAAAUAUUUUACAACAAAAGAAACUUUAUCGGAUAACGAUCAAUGGUAUUGUCCAAAAUGUAAACAAUUAAAAAAUGCAUCAAAAAAAAUUGAUUUAUGGUUAUUACCAAAAAUUUUAAUUGUUCAAUUGAAACGUUUUAAUUAUACACGUCAUUAUCGUGAUAAAAUUGAUUUAUUCAUUGAUUGUCCUAUAUAUGAUUUAGAUUUAUCAAAUUUUGUUCUUAAUCCAGCAGAAAAAGCUAAUGCAAAAUAUGAUCUUAUUGCAGUUAGUAAUCAUAUGGGUGGUUUAGGUGGUGGACAUUAUACAGCACAUGCAAAAAAUACUCAUGAUCAAAAAUGGCAUACAUUUGAUGAUUCAUGUGUAACAGAUAUCGAUGAAAAUAAUGUUAUUAGUAAAUCCGCUUAUGUACUUAUUUAUCAACAACAACAACAAUCGCAAUCACAAUCACAACAACAAUCACAAUCCUUACAACAACCAGCAAAAGAAUCACCGCGAAAACCCAGUGCACGAGCGACUAAAACAUCUACUUAA